UUGUGUAACCGGCACCGUUUGCGACUUUUAACUCAGAACGUGUGUCUAUGCUCGUUCCCGGGCGGGCGUUUCUAGAAUUUUCUCGUGUGCCAUUGGAGGGGGCCAAAAAGGUCAAAGUUGACAUUGUGCAACAUUGCUUCAACUUUAAAUACGUGAAUGAGACGGAAGCAGUUAAAAAAUACAUCAUGUUUUUUAAUCGGCCGUGCGUGUUUUUGUCAGACUGAAUAACCAACUUCUUACAAACGAGUGUUUCGCCCUCGUUGGUCGAUGUGAUGCAAAUUUUUCUGUUUGACCAAAAAAAAAACAGUCGGCCGCCACAUCCAAUGCGCAUGCGCGUUCUAGAGCUUUCCUCACGUGGAGUAAGGCAGAGACUGGCUCAGUGUGUCGCAUCCACGCUCCUGAAGGACCCGGGAAGCAGCCCCACGCAGACCCUCAGGCCGCGAACACGUCCAGAAAAUGGCCUUCAGAAAAUUCCUGCCCUUGUUUGACCGGGUGCUGGUGGAGCGCCUCACAGCAGAGACGGUGACGAAGGGGGGCAUCAUGCUGCCGGAGAAGUCUCAGGGCAAAGUGCUGCAGGCCACUGUAAUGGCAGUAGGACCUGGCUCUGUCAACCAGGAUUUCUACAACUGGCCGGAUGAAUCAUUUGAGGAGAUGGACAGCACCCUGGCUGUCCAACAGUACAUUCAGCAGAACAUUAGAUCAGAUUGCUCCAAUAUCGACAAAAUCCUGGAACCUCCGGAGGGUCAGGAUGAGGGGGUGUGGAAGUAUGAACACCUCAGGCAGUUCUGUCUGGAGCUCAAUGGACUAGCUGUAAAACUGCAGAGCGAGUGCCAUCCAGACACCUGCACCCAGAUGACAGCCACAGAGCAGUGGAUCUUUUUAUGUGCUGCCCACAAGACACCCAAAGAGUGCCCUGCCAUUGAUUACACCAGGCACACGCUGGACGGAGCUGCCUGUCUUCUCAAUAGCAACAAAUACUUCCCCAGCAGGGUGAGCAUCAAGGAGUCGUCAGUGGCCAAACUGGGCUCUGUCUGUCGACGCAUCUAUAGGAUAUUCUCUCAUGCCUACUUCCAUCACCGCCAGAUAUUUGACAAGUAUGAGAAUGAAACGUUCCUGUGUCACCGGUUCACACGCUUCGUCAUGAAGUACAACCUGAUGUCCAAGGACAACCUGAUCGUGCCCAUCCUGGAGGAGGAGGUGCAGAACACCUCGUCAGCCGGGGAGAGCGAGGCCUAAGACUCAGCUGCUGCCAUAAGGGAGACACAUGUAAACACACAACAUUUACACAUUACAGAGGAGACACAUUCACACACCUGCCUAUACAACACACACACACACACACACACACACACACACUACAGUGUAUUAAGGCUCCUGUCUAGUAACACUGUCCCUGUCCCUCCUCCCUUGUCACCUGUGUCUAUCUCAAAGGAAGUAAGGGUAAAGAAUAGCGGGAGCAGAGUUCAGCCAUAGCUGCGGGACAAGAUGAUAUUUUCUAUUUACACUCUCUCUGUUGGUUCAGACUCUCACGGUGUCUCUGGAUACAGCCCUGCUCUCACACUACUCCUCCGUUAGGGAAACCUUUUUUCUUUCAUCUUCUUCAAGCAGCUGGAUUUGCAAAAAGACCUAUGUAAUCAUGGUUACCUGUAUCGUUGACAAAGGCACACACUGACAGCCCCCCCCUCUGUAUAUACGCCCCCAGCACCCGCCCCCACCCCUCCCCCUCUCCCUCUUAUUUCACUAUCAUGUUUUCUGAUGGUGCUUUACUUAUUUUGUGUCUGCUUCUGUUCCCUGUUUGCUUGUGUUGCCUACCAGCCUGUUUUUGGGGGUGUCCCAUGAAAUGGAUCACUAAAUUAGCCUGCUGACUUAAUAAUGCUAUUAAAACACAGUGUAGGUGUGUGGCUUGUGUGGUAGUGAACAAAGGAAAACUUAAUCUCUAGCUUCGUACGUGUACUAGCAGUCAGAUAUUCUCUCUCUUCCGGCCUCUGAAAUGACGAUUCGGAGUAUCUAGAAGGCUUUUCGGCUAACUCUGAUCUGCUUUGUGACAUGCCCCCAUUUUAAUACUGUGUAAAAUGUGCCUGAUAUUCCACCUUCCUUGGCAUAAUAGGAACCAAAACAAAGACUUUAUGGGCAGAGACUGCGCUGCUGUAAGCCAGUUUUUACCGCUUUAAACAUUUGAGUAAAUACCACAAGGAAGGGCUGAAUAUCGGCUACGUUUAAGUAUCGGAGCACAACCUCCCUUCUUUUACCCCCUCCCUCAUUAAGUUAUUUUGUGGGAGGAGUCUUGUCAAUCCAACCCACUUUUUUUUUUUUUUU